AUGGCUGGAAGGAAUGACGCUGCAAUGGCUGCCGCAAUGCAAGCGAUGGCACAAGCUGUGCAGAACUUGCCAAAUGCUGGUGGUGAUGCUGGAUCACGUAGCUUGGCGACUUUUCAGAGAGAGAAUCCGCCGGUGUUUAAAGGGAAGCAUGAUCCAGAUGCAGCCUUGGGAUGGUUGAAAGAGAUUGAGAGAAUCUUCCGUGUUAUGGAUUGCACUCCAGCUCAGAAGGUUCGGUAUGGUACUCACAUGCUAGCAGUCGAAGCUGAUGACUGGUGGCUAGAGACUCACGAGAGGUUGACCGUGGCAGGUGAAGUCAUUACUUGGGAUGUAUUCCGUAGGGAAUUUCUGAGAAAGUACUAUCCGGAAGAUGUCCGUGGUAAGAAGGAAAUUGAGUUCCUUGAGCUGAAGCAAGGAAACAUGUCUGUCACUGAUUAUGCUGCAAAAUUUGUGGAGCUGUCCAAAUUUUAUCCUCAUUACACUGGUGCUGGUGCUGAAUUUUCAAAGUGCAUCAAGUUUGAAAAUGGACUACGCUCUGAAAUUAAGAAGGCUGUUGGGUAUCAGAAGAUACGCAUUUUUACUGAAUUGGUUGAUAGCUGCAGGAUAUUUGAAGAAGACAAUAAUGCUCAUUACAAGGUUGUCAGCGAUCGCAGAGGCAAGCAACAUCAAAACCGUGGCAAGCCGUAUGAUGCUCCAGCUGGAAAAGGGAAGCAAAGAGCUGCUCCGGCUCAGAGAGCUAGUGGGGGAGGUGCUCCUGCUGGUAUAGUUUGCUUCAAAUGUGGUCAGGCUGGUCAUAAG